AUUAUAUAUAUUGCAGUGAAUAUGUCUGAGACAUCUGGUUGUGAGCAUUACACUAGAAAUUGUAGUCUUGUUGCACCUUGCUGUCAGAAUAUAUACCCUUGCAGAGUUUGUCAUGAUGAAAAAGAAUCUCAUACACUGGACAGAACCCUUGUCGAAGAGAUUGUUUGUAAUAAAUGUGAUAAAAGAAGUGGGAUCAGUAAUGAAUGUUAUGAUUGUAAAACAAUAUUUGGUGAAAAAUAUUUUUGCAAGAUCUGUCGUCUCUUCGAUCAUAAGGACAAGGGGCAGUUUCACUGCGAGGGAUGUGGAAUAUGCAGAAUUGGGCAUCGAGAAAAUUUCAAGCAUUGCUUCACUUGCGAGAUGUGCAUGCCUAUAGGAACUGAACACAAGUGCAUAGCCCAGAGUUCUCGAAAUAACUGUCCUGUUUGCUUCGAAUCUAUUCACUCGUCCAGAACAUCUACUUUUAUUCCUCCCUGUGGGCAUCUUAUACAUACGCCUUGCUAUUCAGACAUGCUUAAAACAGGUUUAUAUUCUUGUCCUUCUUGUGGGAGAGCUAUGCAGGAUAUGAAAUCUACUUGGGAACACGUAGACAGAGAGAUCACGGAAACUCCAAUGCCCGUCGAAUAUACAAAUCUUUUUAGAGAGAUUCUGUGUAAGGAUUGUGGUAAGACUAGUAAAUCUGUUUUCCAUGUGGUCGGUAUGAAAUGUGGUACUGUAGACUGUGGUAGCUACAAUACUAGCAUUGAAGGACCAUUCCUCAGGAGGGAAGGAGAGGAGUUUACUCCGUUAAGUGAGAGUGAUCUUCAACGAUUAUACACUGUUCCACUUCCAGGCACUCCUUUUUGGGGCAGGCAGGGGUUCUCCUCUUCACCUUGCAAAUGUUACGAACCCUUGAGUUUGGGUUUGGACAAGUUCAAAAUAUAUUUGUAUAUCUCCUGCAUGGGUUGGGUUGGUUCAAUCCUCUCCAAUACCUGCCGCAACCCAAUAGAGGACAAAAUACAGGACCAGAGGAAGAGGACGGGAAUGAGGGCGCGGAUGAGGAAGAAAAUAGCGAAGGUUAUGAGGACAUUGAUGAAGAGACAGACAAUGAUGAAAAUGAACCGCCAGAUCACGAUAAAGAAAAUGCGGCAAAUUCAGGAAAUCCGCAAAAUGAUCUUCUGUUGGAUUAAUCUCUGUAAAUUCCUGUAGUAGGAUGUGAACUGCAAAGUUUAACCAACCCUACGGUUCUUUGUGAUAUUCAACUUUUAAUUUCUGAUCUUAAUUUGAAUUGGUGUAAUGGAAACCGGCCUUAUUUCUGGACGUUUUUAUUAGAUUUUAAGUCGCCAUAUAUACCACGAUAUCGAAUUACAAAGCUAUGUUUGUUUCUUGCUGUUCGAUUGAAAAAGUUAUCAAUUUCCAUUGAAACGCUAUAUUUUUUCUUAAUAAUUUCAGA